CCCUCGUCCUCCUUCUCUGGCUCCCACACACUACCUCAAUGGCCUUCACACGCUCGUCAUUGACGAGUCUCCUCUCGCGCUCCUUGCCUCGCUCUCAACCUCUCGCCACCUCUUCGCGCCUCGCCCGCCCCUUCUGCUCCAGCAUGACACGCGCGGCGGGCCCGAUUGAGAGUGCCAUGAUGAAGAAGCUGCAGGAGGCGUUGACAGAGGAGGCGAAUGUCAAGAUUCGCAAUGAUUCCUCUAAGCACGCGCACCACGCCGCCAUGGUGGCGCAAGGCGGCAGCUCGGGCGAGACGCACUUCUUCAUCGACGCCAUCUCGGCCUCCUUUUCUGGACAAGCGCAGCUCGCUCGUCAUCGACGCAUCAACGCUCUCAUGCGCGAAGAGUUCGACGCCGGCUUGCAUGCGCUGAGUCUGCGCUUGAAGACGCCCGAGGAGGAUCAGAGGGAGAAGGAGAGGAUGAAGAGCGCGCAAUAGAAACGCCUCGAAGUCAGCAGGAGGGUGUGGCAGGGCGUGAGUGUAGGCGUCACAUGAGCACGUCUGAGACUGCCAGUAGGAAUUCGAGAGGAUCAGAGUGAGGCAAGGUUUCGUGAGCCGAGCCAGGAUGACGACCUGAAAGGCCCUUCUCGUGCACCUGGCGGCUGCAUCUGAGCGGCUGGCGCUCCAGACCCAUCCUCAUGCCCCAAGGCAGGUCACAUGACCCUCCUUCGCUCUCUUCGCACGAUCCUCGGCGUCCAAGGCACUCAAUCCCGAUGCGCGGACCUCCUCCUCUUUCCCCUCACUGGCGCCCAAAGCGCUGCCAAAAGAGACGGCGCGGCGGCGGCAUGACGCUCAAAUGUGCCGCGGAAAACAGCUAUACGGCGCCAGCAGCGGCGGCGGCGCAGCAUGCAGAGCGAAGG